CUGGAGGUCAUGGCUAAAUAAAAAGGUGAUCAUGGACAGUGAGGAAAUUCCAAAGUUUUUAAGUCCAGAGGAAGAAACUGCAUACUGGAAGGAUCUGUCUUUGAAGUAUAAACAAAGUUUUCAGGAAGCACGUGAAGAGCUGGCAGAAUUUCAGGAGGGCAGCAGAGAACUAGAAGCGGAGUUGGAGGCUCAGUUGGUACAAGCUGAACAGAGGAAUCGGGAUUUGCAAGCAGAUAACCAAAGGUUGAAACAGGAAGUGGAAACUUUAAAGGAAAAACUUGAGCACCAGUAUGCACAAAAUUACAAGCAAGUGUCGUUGUUGGAAGAUGACUUAAGCCAGACUCGGGCAAUCAAAGACCAGUUACAUAAAUAUGUGAGAGAACUAGAGCAAGCCAAUGAUGACCUUGAACGUGCUAAGAGAGCCACAAUUGUUUCCUUGGAAGAUUUUGAACAAAGGCUAAAUCAGGCCAUAGAGCGAAAUGCCUUUUUGGAAAGCGAGCUAGAUGAUAAAGAAUCUCUGCUGGUUUCUGUACAGAGGCUGAAGGAUGAAGCAAGAGAUUUAAGGCAAGAACUAGCAGUACGGGAAAGACAACAAGAAGUAACAAGGAAGUCAGCUCCUAGUUCUCCAACCCUGGACUGUGAGAAGAUGGAUUCUGCUGUCCAAGCUUCACUCUCUUUGCCAGCAACACCUGUUGGGAAAAGCUGUGAAAACAGCUUUCCAUCUCCGAAAGCUAUUCCCAAUGGCUUUGGUACCAGUCCCCUUACUCCUUCUGCCAGGAUAUCUGCUCUGAACAUUGUGGGUGAUCUCCUGAGAAAGGUUGGGGCUUUGGAAUCCAAAUUAGCUGCUUGUAGAAACUUUGCAAAGGAUCAGGCAUCACGGAAAUCUUAUGUUUCAGGGAACAUAAACAGCAGCAUGAUCAACAGCAAUGGCAUGAAGUUCUGUCACUCAGGACAUACGACAUUCUAUGACAAAGCGUCAGAUUCCCUGCAUAUUUCAUGGGGCAAUCAACGGUUUUGACCAAGGCGCACCACCAGGUCUAGGAGAAUCAAGGCCAUCGUCAGCACCAGGCAUGCUCCCUCUGAUUGUAUGAGUGGGUUGUUGUAAGGCCAUAAUGGAACUUGAGAUUAAUUCUUGAAAGAACAAGAGAAGAGCUGCUUGCAAUACUUUUCCGUUAGUGCCCCCUGCUGGAGUUUAAUGGGUGUUGCCACACCCAGAAGCUGUCCAGAGAAGAACCCAGCACACACACAGAGUACUCCUUAUGUCAAUACAGUCUAUUUUCCUCUGUUUCCAUAAUGGACGUUCUUUAACGUGGUCACCCCUGAUGUUUGUCUCACGGGAUGCUGGAGUUGCACUUGCCCAGUCACAUUUCUUCUCUGUUUUCCCCUCACUCCAUCAUUUUGCACGGUGGCUAAAUUGGGCCUGUUUUGAUGCAAUGCCCCCACCUCUAUUCUGCCCCCCUCCUCCUCAAAGAAAAGCACAGCGAUCUUGUGUGCCUAAGUGAGAUCCUGUUCAAGGGAGUGCAGGGAAGUCCCAAAUGUCUCUGGUCAGCUAAUGGACUUUGGACACAGAAUGAACGGUAUGGACCUUCCAUACACCUGAUGAAACUAUGAGAUGUCUUGGUACUUGAUACUUGACACCCCUGCUAAGGCUAUGGAAAUGUGGCAUCUUAUCUGUGGAGUACAAGAAAUUUAAGUGUUGUGCAGUUAGGUAUUUGUUCACCAAAGCUGAUUCUUUUUAAAGUGGACAAACACUCACCAGAGUAGCCAUUUCUUUCCAGUCAGCUUCAUCCUGUGUAGCUGGCUUUACUUAUUUUAUGAAAGCUGUGGUGUGGGGCUCUGUCUGUUUAGUAAGAAUUGCCCAAGAGCAAGGGAAGGAGAAGGGAAUCAAAGGCAAGGCAAAGGCAAAUUUCCACUCACAGCUUGGACUUUGUCAGCCCCUUUUCUGUAUAUCCUUUGCUGCAUUGACUGUUUACAUUUGUUUUACUGUACAUAGGUUUGUAAACAUAAUAUCUUUGUCCAAGAUACUUGUACAUAACUUGGGCUUUGUAGCUUUAUUUAUUCAGAAUCUCUGAGGCAUGUUUUCCCUAGGACAGUGUGUCAGAUUUCUGUGGUGACUGCCAUCCUGUGGUUUAAUAAGCGAGAUGGUCCAAAAAUAAAGAUCUUUUAACGUUGGA